AUGGUGGGCUGGGGAGUGGCUGUUCUCUGUUUGUGGGUCUCCUCUGGCGCUGCCGCUGGACAGCUGGAGUACUCAGUCUUUGAGGAGACGGAACGGGGCGUCGCUGUAGGCAACGUUGCAGCCGACUUGAAGUUGUCGGCGGCUGAUCUGCCCUUGAGGAACUUUCGCUUCCUGUCCAGCCACAGCGAGCCCUACUUUGGGGUGGACCCUAGGAGCGGUAGCCUGGUGGUUCGAGAGCCAGUAGAUCGUGAGCAGCUGUGCGGGACCAAAGCUGCCUGCUUCUUGACCUAUGAGCUAAUGUUGGAGGACCCACUGGAGCUUUACAAGAUGCGAGUUCACGUCGUGGACACCAAUGACAACUCUCCUCUCUUCCCUGCUGGCGAUGUGCAGCUGCACAUCCCAGAGUUCCUAACCCCCGGAGCCCGCUUUACACUUGCCAAUGCCCAAGAUGCUGACGAGGGAAGCAACGCCGUGCUAAGCUACAGCCUAAGUUCCAACCAGUACUUCCGCCUAGAGAUGGGGUCACGGGUCGACGGCAGCAAAUACCCAGAGUUAGUGUUGGAAAAAGCGCUGGAUCGAGAGCAACGUGUCACCCACCUGCUGGUGCUCACAGCUCAGGACGGAGGGCUGCCUGCGCGCUCCGGAGACGCACAGGUAACCAUCAUAGUGGUGGACACAAAUGACAACGCACCUGUUUUUGAGCGCUCGGUGUAUCACACCAGGGUUCCAGAGACUGCAUCCAAUGGGACCGUGUUAUUUCAAGUUCAGGCCUCCGAUCCGGAUGAAGGCUCCAAUGGGGAAGUCUGGUACUCCCUAAGCAAUAGCACCCUAGCAGAGCUGAGACACCUCUUUCACGUGCAUCCAAAAAGUGGGGAGGUGCGAGUAGCUGCUUUGCUGGGUCCCCCCGAAACUCUACUGGAGGCAUACAUAGAAGCAAGAGACGAAGGUGCCUUCAGUUUAGCUAGCACUGCUAAACUGCUGGUGGAAGUAACUGAUGUGAACGAUCAUGCCCCAGAGAUGGAUUUCAUGACUAUCUCCAGUCCAGUACCUGAGGAUGCCACCCCAGGCACAGUGAUUGCUCUUCUUAGUGUAAAAGAUGAGGACCUUGGUCUCAAUGGUAGGGUCAUUUGUAGCAUGAGCAGCAGUGGUCCUUUUCAGUUGAAGUCUUCUUUUGACAACUACUACAGCCUGCUGACUGAUGGGCCUCUGGAUCGGGAGCAGACAAGUGAAUACCAGGUCUUGAUAACUGCCUCAGAUAGUGGCACACCUCCACUCAGCACCCAAAGGACACUCACUGUGUCAGUCUCUGAUGUGAAUGACAACACACCUAGCUUUCAUCAAGCACAUCAGGAGCUUUUUGUGGCUGAAAAUAAUGGCCCUGGAGCCUCUUUAGGCUAUGUGUUUGCCAAGGAUCCAGACUUGGGGAUGAAUGGCCAUGUCUUUUAUGAACUGUUGGAUGUUAUUUCUGAAGGGUUGUCAGCCUCUAGCUUAGUGGUAGUGGAACCAUCCAGUGGGGCUAUCACUGCUAAAACUUCCUUUGAUUUUGAGCAACUCAGGGGGUUUCACUUUCAAGUGGAAGGCCGGGAUGGUGGCAUUCCCCCUAGAAGUGCCACAGUGACCAUCAGUUUGUUUGUGAUAGAUAGGAAUGACAAUGCACCAGUCAUCUUGUUUCCCUUGCCCAGAAAUGGCUCUAUCCCAGUGGAAAUUGUACCUCGCUCUGCCAGAACUGGACAUUUGGUCACAAAAGUAGUAGCAGAGGAUGCAGACAGUGGUUCCAAUGCUUGGCUCUCCUACCACAUCUCUCAGGCUUCUGAUGCUACCCUCUUCAGUAUUUCAGCCAUUAUGGGAGAGCUUCAUACUGCGCGUUUAGUUCUUCCCACAGAUGCAGUUAAGCAGAAGGUGGUGGUAGUGGUUCAGGACCAUGGAGAGCCACCGCUUUCCUCCUCUGUCACUAUAGGUGUGUUGUUGAGUGAUUCUGCCCCUGCGAUCCUUCCAGACUUUGAAGAUAUGUGGGAACCAGGAGGGCAGCUUUCUGGCCAGAACCUGUACUUAGUAAUUGCCUUGGCUUGCAUUUCCUUCUUGUUUCUGGGAUGCUUACUUUUCGUUGUGUGUACCAAAUUGAGACAGAGCCUGGGUUGUUGUUCUCAGAGCUGCUGUCAUUCUUCAAAGGAUCUGAGGCAUGGACGAAAGAUGACUUCUAAUCCUUGCAUGACAUCAGCCACAAUAGAUGUCACUACAAUUGAGAGACUUUCUCAAACCUAUCUCUAUCGAGCCUCUCUGGGGCUUGGUUCUGAUAAUAAUAGUUUAUUCUUGUGUGGGGAAUACAACACUACUGACCUGAGAAAUCUGGCCACUGGUGUAGGACUGAAUAUACCAAUAUCCUGUGUUCAGAUUCGCAACAGGAAAGGAGAUCAUGCAAAUGUCAAUAUCAUGGUAAGCAACAUUUUUUUUUGGAUUUGA